AUUAAAAGCACGCGAGUGUAAAUGCGGCAGUUGCUGAGAAACCCGCGCGCGAGUCGCACGCACGUCGUCCGCGCCGCCUAGUGAUGCGCGACAAAACACCCAAACUAGACUCUCUCCCAUCACAAUAGUGUUUAUUUCAUAACCCCACCGCUCUAAGAAAGCAGCCAAGAUGGGGACUAUGUUUCGGAGUGAGGAGAUGGUGCUGUGCCAGCUGUUUGUGCAACCUGAAGCAGCAUACAUUUCCAUGUACGAGCUGGGAGAGGCCGGUGUAGCGCAGUUCCGAGAUUUGAACCCUCACGUGAACGACUUCCAGCGUCGCUACGUGAGCGAGGUCCGACGAUGCAGCGAGAUGGAACGCAAGCUGCGCUGGGUGGGGGGCGAGCUGCCGGACCCCCUACCGCCCCCCAAACCCUCUCCCCAUAGUCUCAGCCCCAGAGAGAUCAACAUACUAGAGGAACGUAUAGAUUACAUAGAGUCUGAAAUUCAAGAGAUCACCCGAAAUGCUCGCAACCUGAAGGCAGACUACCUCUCACUGAAAGAACUGAAGCUGCUCAUAGAAAAGACACAGACCUUCUUUCAGGACCACAGCGCUCAAAGGAAGAUUUCAGCUUCGGUAUACAACAACGAAGCGGUGAUAGCCCAUCUAGGGUUCAUUGCGGGUGUCGUGGCCACGGCUCGAGUAGCCUCCUUCGAGAAGAUGCUUUGGCGCAUAUCUCAUGGGAACAUUUUCUUCAAACAAUCGCAGAUCAAUGUGCCCCUGACGGAUCCUGUUACGGGUCACGAGCUCCAGAAGACAGUGUUCAUAGUGUUCUUCCAUGGGGAACAAAUCAAGAUGCGUGUGAAGAAGGUCUGUCACGGAUUCAAGGCAACCCUCUACCCCUGCCCCGCCACCUACAAGGAACAACAAGAAAUGCUGGCUGGAGUCGUCACCAGGAUAAAGGAUCUGGAAAUGGUCCUGGAACAAACAGAACAGCACAGACGGUUGGUCCUCGCUAACAUUGCAAAGGACUUUAACACUUGGAUGGUAGCAGUGAGGAAAGAGAAAGCCAUCUACCACACCCUGAAUAUGUUCAGCAUGGACAUUGUGAAGAAAUGCCUCAUAGCAGAGUGCUGGGUGCCCAAGACAGACUUGCACAUCGUUUCUAAAGCAUUGGAUAAUGGGGUGAAAGCUAGCGGCAGCCCGAUCCCGUCGUUCCUUCACUACGUGCCUACGCGAGAGACACCACCGACCUUCAACAGAACCAACAAGUUCACCAGGGGCUUCCAGAACCUCAUUGAUUCCUAUGGAAUCGCCAGCUAUAGAGAAGUUAAUCCAGCUUUAUAUACGAUCAUUACAUUCCCAUUCUUGUUUGCGGUGAUGUUCGGCGACGUGGGCCACGGCCUUAUCAUGACUAUAUUCGCUGCCAUCAUCGUGAUCUUCGAAAAGAAACUCUCCAAACAAAGGAGUGACAACGAAAUAUGGAACAUCUUCUUCGGAGGCCGCUACAUCAUACUUCUCAUGGGAAUAUUUUCAAUCUACACUGGUCUAAUAUACAACGAUAUGUUCUCAAAAUCUCUGAACAUAUUCGGAAGUAGAUGGAAAAACGUAUAUGAUAAUAAGACGUUGGCCGGUAAAAAGUUUUUUGAUUUGGAUCCCGCUGCUGCAUACACUCAAGAACCUUAUCCUUUUGGAUUAGACCCGGCAUGGCAGUUCGCAGCCAACAACAUAAUAUUCCUCAAUUCAUUCAAGAUGAAAAUGUCGAUUAUAUUUGGAGUGAUACACAUGGCCUUCGGUGUGACAAUGAGUGUGGUAAACUUCAACUACCUCAAGAAGCGAGAGAUGAUUUAUCUUCAAUACAUCCCACAAAUAUUGUUCCUGCUGUUGCUGUUUUGGUACCUUUGCAUUCUUAUGUUUAUGAAGUGGAUCUCAUAUUCAGCUCUGUCUCAAGACCCUGCAUAUGGCACCUCAUGCGCCCCGUCGGUGUUGAUAAUCUUCAUCAACAUGAUGCUGAUGAAGGCGACUGAGGCCAAAGAGCCGUGCUUGUCGUUCAUGUACCCCGGUCAAGAAGCCCUGCAGAAGACAUUCCUGGCCUUCGCCUUCCUAUGUAUACCCGUCAUGCUCUUCGGGAAGCCAGUCUAUAAGAUGUUAGCAGAUAGAAAACGAAAGAAGUACCAGCAAGGAGUAGAGAGUGGAGACACAACAGAAGUAGCCGAACACGAGGGUGAAGGUAUGGGUGAGAUGAUGAUCACCCAGGCUAUUCACACCAUAGAAUACGUCCUGGGCACUGUAUCGCAUACCGCGUCCUACUUGCGACUUUGGGCUUUGUCCCUUGCUCAUGCUCAAUUGUCUGCAGUGUUGUGGCAACGAGUACUAAAGAUUGGAUUCGGAAUGGGCCUUCAUAACUCCGUGAAGCUCUAUAUUAUCUUCGCUAUCUGGGCGUUCUUCACACUGGCCAUUCUCGUCCUGAUGGAGGGAUUGUCUGCCUUCCUGCACACGCUCAGAUUGCAUUGGGUGGAAUUCAUGAGCAAAUUCUACGACGGUCAGGGAUACGCAUUUGUGCCGUUCUCCUUUGCCGCCAUCUUGGAAAAUGAUGACGAGGAUGUCAAGCCGCAGACGAACGGCUCACCCCCCGAGUGACAUUGGGACCCCACGGAGCCUACGGAGCCGGGGGGGUCCGGGAGGGGCCUCGGACCCGAAGGCUCGCGUGAUGACACCUCUGUGUACAGGGUGUGGACUAUAACCAAGUGAAAGUUCAAAUUAAACCUACCACUUUGUAGUCGGUAGUUCUACACAAAGUAGAGAGGAGACAUUUACAAACAAAUUAAUUAUUAUUAAAAAAAUAUAUCUUGCUCAGAAGCAAUUUUAUUGUAAUGCUCUUAGUAAAAUUUUAAACUGUAGUAAAACGAUAACUUCUAAUAGCAUAUUUUAUCUUGUUAGUAUGAUGAGUGAAUUGAUAAUGUAACAAAAUUAAGAUUAAUGUAAUUUUUGUUUAGUCAUGUUGUAAGUAUGAGAAAUGUUUUAUAGUAUUAAAACUGUAAAAUGUGAUAUUAUUUUUUCACGAUGUUCAGGUAAUUCACGUUUACUGUUAUGUUUAAUUUGAAGAGAUUCUCUAUUACGUAAUAUUUAAUCAAAAUGGAUUAUUCCUUAUCUUUAACAUUGUAUCCCUGUAGAAUUUGGCUUAUACUUUGUAAGAUUUAAAUGUUCCUUUGAAGCAUUCUAUACAUAGAAUGCUAAGUAAAAAAAUUAAAAGAUCGCAAAAGGUGUAAAAAGUUGCCCAAAACUGAAAUUAAAAAUCACCCGGUCCUGGUCUCCAUUAAUGUAAAUAUCUGAUAUUUAAUAAUGCAAAAAUAACAGCUCUAAAUUCCAUGAAUAAGAAUUUGUUUUGUCUUGAAAAGUUUCUUGUAGCCGUUCAUAUCGAUAACUGUUUUUUUUUUUGCAUAAGUACUUGCAACCGACCAGGGUCUAUUUUGGGCCAACUCCUCAUUAUUGUAAUUCGUUAUUAGUUUAGUGAGUUCAAAAUUAAGAAAGACAUUAAGAAAAAAUAUUUCUCUUGGAGUAUAGUUAAAGAUCAUUUCGUAAUUAUGGACUUCGUUAAAAUUAUAUCAGCGUGUUAAAAUAAAGCACGAUAGUGUUAUUUAUAAAUAAUUUAAGGACCAAACUGUGGCCUUAUAAAACUUGUAUAAGACAUAAAACAUAUCCUUUGAAAAAUAAGUCUUUUGUACUAAAUCCUAAACCUUUAUUAAACUUUUUUAUCUACAUAGUCCAACAGCACAUUCACUAACACUGAAAUAUUUCAUUUGAGACCAAAACAAUAAUGAUUACAAAACACUUACAUAUUUUACACUGUUCCUCAAUAAACAAAUCUUACCCGAAUAUGAGUGCUAUUUUUGAAUAACACUCGAGUCAAAAUAACCUAACCCUAACUUACUAAACAUAUUCGAUAACUCACAAUUUUCUUUGACGUAGAAAAUAGUCGUCCUAAAGUAUACCGGAAAUAUCGUGAUUAACUCUGAAAUGAUUACAAAACAAAUAAUUUCUAAGCCAAAGAACAAAAGUCCAAAAGCUUGAUUACAACCAUUAUUACUAGGUACAUGCCUAAAAGCCAAUUAGGACAUAAUUUGUGAUAAAACGUAUCAAAUAUAUAGGUAACUAUUUACAAAAUAUGUGCAAUAAAUUGUGCAUUAGCUCACCUAUCUAGUGCAGUUCUCAUCGAUGUUUACAAUUUUUUUAAGUUUAAAAUAUCAGUUAAUAAAAACCUAUAAAAAAUUGUGUCUA